CUAAACAAAACAUCAUUUCAUAAGUAACAAUGGCUUUCAAGUCUUUAAUAUUAGCCAUUGCCAUAAUGGCUGUAUUAUCAUCAAUGAGCCAUGCAUCUGAUCCUAGCCCUCUUCAGGAUUUUUGUGUAGCUGUUGAUGACUCUAAGAAUGCUGUUUUUGUGAACGGAAAAUUUUGCAAGGAUCCAAAACUUGUUGUGGCGGAGGAUUUCUUUAAAUCGGGUCUGAAUAAGCCUGGAAAUACUUCAAAUAAAGUUGGAUCUGCAGUAACUCCUGUGAAUGUAAACAACUUAUCAGGAUUGAACACUCUAGGCAUUUCUUUAGCUCGUAUUGAUUAUGCCCCGUACGGUCUCAAUCUGCCGCACAUAAUUCAUCCUAGAGGAACUGAGUUUCUUGUUGUCCUUGAGGGAACACUCUAUGUUGGUUUUGUACUAUCAAACCCUGGUCCAAAUAUGAAGAACAAGCUCUUUACCAAAAUUCUACAUCCCGGAGAUGUGUUUGUCUUCCUAAUAGGUCACAUUCAUUUUCAAUUCAACCCAGGAAAGACUAAGACUGUUGCAUUUGCUGGACUCAGUAGUCAAAAUCCAGGAGUCAUCACCAUUGCAAAUGCAGUAUUUGGCUCAGACCCACCCAUCAAUGAUGAUGUUCUUACAAAAGCAUUCCAAGUUGAAAAGAAAGAUAUUGAUUACCUCCAAUCACAAUUCUGGUGGGAUAACAACUAA